UUGAUGAAGCAUGUGACUUGCGGUGCAGAGUUACAUGCUGCUAGAGUUUCAUGACAGUGGAAACCCUGAUCUCUCAGCAAGUAUUGUUGUGGAACUGACAGCAGCUGGAGGUCACAUACAGCGAAUAAACAGAGAAACAACGAGGCAGGUGUCAUGCAGGUACGGUGUUUAUUCUUUGCCGAUCGUGCAUUUUAAUUCAAGCUCGAUUGGUUCUCUUCAUGGUGAUUCACAUUCUCUUUUUUUCUGUGCUGUCCAGUGCUCUCUGUGCAGGCUGCGCACCCACCAGUGGUGUUUCCUCCUCUUCAACGUCCUCCUCUUCCAUGCCCUGCUGUUUGGCGCAGACUUCGUCGAGGAGUACCUCCUGCAGCCCACGCCUGGCGUCUACACUGACGGCAUGGUCGUUGAUGUAAGAGAGAAGGCCAGGAAACUGGACCUGAGCAACGCCAGGGACAACAUCUCCCAGGCCUACCCCAUCGCCAACCCUGACGCCUGCAGGAACUCCAACCUCUUCCUCCUCGCUCUAGUCUUCAGCUCCACAGCCAACGUCACCCAGAGAGACACGGUCAGGAGGACAUGGGCCAACCAAACAGCCAUCCAAGGCUUCCCAGUCAAGAUACUUUUCUUCUUGGGGUCAACUCAGACUGCUGCUGCACAAACGGCCCUCAUGGCAGAGUCCGAACUCAAUGGAGACAUGGUGCAGGGUCACGCUGUGACUGAUUCAUCGCUCCGCGGUCCAACAGAGAGGACAGUGCUGGCACUUCGUUGGGUGAUCGCCUUCUGUCCGGUGGCACGUUUUGUCCUGCUGACCAAGGACUCGGUGUUCAUCAACCUCCCUGCCAUCGGAGGAUACCUACUCGGGCUGCACAGGCACCCGGAGGACCUUUAUCUGGGUCGAGUGAUCCAGAGAGACUCCCCUGACAGGGACCCCAACAGUCCUGGCUACCUGCCCCCAGCUCUCUACCCUGACAAGUACUUACCCGAGUACUGUGAGGGGACGGCUUACGUUCUAUCCCAGGACGUGGUCCGCAAAGUAUAUGUGGCAUCCGCAGCAGUCCGUGCCCCUGUGCCGGCCGAUGUUUUCGUGGGUCUUUGUGCUCAGAAGGCCGGCGUGGCACCCACCCACAGCGCCAGGUUCGCGGGAGAGAAGCACGUCCGCUACAACGCCUGCUGUUACAGCUAUCUGUUCAGCUCAGCGGGGAUGAGGAGACACGAACUUGAUGCAGUGUGGGCAGAUCUGCGACAGAAGGGUGCAGCAUGCUCCAUGCUGCAGACCUACUACGGCCUGGUGAAAUGCAAGGCCCUCACAUACCUGGAUAAACUAACCUUCUUCAACUCCCAGAGCCAGGCUGAGUGGCACGGGUGAAGAGAGAGAGACUGACAGGAAGUGUGGUUGAAAAGCAGCAAAGGGGAAAAUGUAGAUGUGUAUGUCGUCCUCAUCCUUGAUAACAUCACUUGAAAUGCGGACAGAACCACUCUCUAUAUAAAAACAUGGUUCCAGCUCAUAAAAAUAGCAGUAAAUGACAUAAAAUGUGAGUAUCUAAGGGCUUCACUGCUGUAAACC